AUGUGUGGGACGUGUUGGAGGGUGGGAUCCCCGCGACUUCCUACACGCUGGAGUGCGUCCCGAGCGAAGUGGGCAGUGCCGAGUGGAUGGGCAGGCAAUUCGGAGUGUCCACGAUGGCCACGUCGGAAUUCGUUGGGUGUUGGUGGUGGACGGCGAGCCAACCUCCUCGCUCACCGGUUCGCUCUGGGUGUGGGUGUGGGUGUGGGUGUGAGUGAGCAGGAAUCUGGUGGGCGAUGGGGUGGGGUCCGUGGCUCCCUACGAAGGUGUGCAGAGUCGACCGGGCUCUCUGGAUCUCUUCCUGUCCAACUGGGCGCAGAACGCCACCGUGGUCUCCGUCACCCAGCCCCUCCGCCUCCGCCUCCGCCUCCGCCUCCGCUUCCUCUUCCUCCUCGCCUACGACGUGACCGGCGCGCUCAUCCGCGCCCACCUCGUCGAUCACGCCUGGUGCGCCGUGGGUCGCGAUGUUUCCACGUUUCCACGAUCCAGACCGAUUUGACAGUUGCUGAGAGAAAGAGAGAGAGAAAUGGUUGCGGUGUUUGGUUUGGAAGAUGGAUGGAUGGAUGGAUGGAUGGAUGGAAUUGUAGAGAUGUGGAAUGGUUGAAGCGUUGUAGGAUUUGA